AUGUCCUUUGACUCCCCUGAUCAAUCGAGCCUGCCAGGAACAACAACAAUCCCCAACGGCACAAUUCCCGAAGCAACACCUCCUCGGGUCGUCCAAGCUAGUUCUGCGCGGAAAAUGCGCGAUAUCGAGCUGACGAAGGACGAGAUCAACGACCUGUUCCAAAUCUACUUCUCACAUUACCACGUCUUUCUGCCGUUUCUCGAUCCGAGUGUUCCCCCUGACCGAUACUAUGAUCAAUCAGCGCUACUCUUCUGGUCCAUCGUUUCUGUCGCAUCACGUCGGUACCAGGCAAACCCAACCCUGCUACCCAGACUAGCUAGGACGCUUACAGACACACUCUGGAAGUCGCUACAAGCACUUCCACAUCCCUUGGCUGCUGUUCAGAGCUUGGUGCUUAUCUGCACUUGGCCAUUUCCAACAAGCAGCAGUUCGACCGAUCCCAGCUACAUGCUGUCAGGCAUGAGUAUACAGCUCGGACUAUCCAUGGGCCUGCAUCGACCAAACAGUCCCGAGGACUUUACCAAGUUUCACGUCCAUCUUGACUCUACUGCUAUGGCUGAUCGGGAAAGGGCCUGGAUAGCUAGCAAUGUUGUCGCUCAAAGCGUCAGUUGCGGCGUUGGCCUUCCCACACCAGCACACGUGCGUGACUGGUCACUUGUCACGUCCUCGCUCGAGGCUCCAUGGCUUGACGACAAUCUACGUGGUCAUUUGAGAUGUGCUUCAUUGUGUAAUAGGAUAUCCCAAGCGCUCGCAUCCAAUCCAUCCGACCACACUGGGCUCCUGCAGCCUCGGGAGAGGUUACCGGUGUACACGAUCCUGAACCACGAAAUUGUCGACCUCAAGACCAGUAGGAGUUGGAGACCUGGUACCACGGCCGUCUAUCUCCAGAUAACAAAACUGCACUUGCAGGCAUUCUAUCUGUUCGAUGACGCGUCGACCUUCGGCUACUUUGAACGCAUCAUCGCACUUUACUCCACCGCCAGUGCUCUGCUUGAGCACAUCCAGACACUUGACAACCAAAAGUUGGCUUUCCUCUAUUAUUGCCCCUUUUUCUGCUACGAGGCUUUCUUGUGCGCGUCUUUCAUUGUGCUCAAGGUGUUGAAGAAUGAUUACUUCAGCGGCAUCGUUGAUGCAAGGUUGGGCGAAAAGCUCAUCAACUUCUCUGUCUCGGCAUUGAGGAAGAUGUCCGUGGCAAACAACGACUUGCCAGGCAGGCUCAGUGAUGUUCUCGCUUACCUAUGGACUCAUCCAGACCCGUCAAUUGCCAGCGGAAGUGGCAUAGCUGGUCUUCAACUCAAGGUUCAAAAUCGGAUGAGUAUGAGCAUCGUCUACGACUCGCUGUGGAGGUGGCGGGAACAAUUUCGGGUAGAAGCCGAAAGUGAACUACACCAAGAUCUUCGCAGCGGUAAUGCACUUUCUUCUGGCAAGCAGAGUUUUCAGUUGAUUGAUGCAGGUACGCCCCUUGCGGCACAGGAUACUCAAAACCUCGACACAGCUUUUGAUCUCGCGGAUCUGAACGGGAUAUACUCCGAUGAUUUCCAAUUCGACUGGUUCACCUGA